ACAAUCAGACAACGGGAGUCACCGGCGCUGAACACACGCAGUUUCUCACCCGACAAUAACCGUUAAACCGCUCGGUGAAACGCCGCUUUCAGGAGCAACGACAUGGGGGACCGAGUAGCUUUACUGCUGCUGGCUGUAGCGGCUUCGGCUCUUGCUGCCGAGGUGCCUACAGAUGUUUCUAUGGGUCUGUUGGCAGAGCCCCAGGUGGCCAUGUUUUGCGGUAAACUCAACAUGCACAUCAACGUGCAGAGCGGCAAGUGGGAGCCGGAUCCCUCGGGCACCAUGAGCUGCAUCAGCACCAAGGAGGGCAUCCUGCAGUACUGCCAGGAGGUGUACCCAGAGCUCCAGAUUACCAAUGUGGUGGAGGCCAACCAGCCAGUCAGCAUCCAGAGCUGGUGCAAGAAGGGGCGCAAGCAGUGUCGCAGUCACAUGCACAUCGUGGUGCCCUACCGCUGCCUGGUGGGAGAGUUUGUGAGCGAUGCCCUGCUCGUUCCUGAUAAGUGCAAGUUCCUGCACCAGGAGCGUAUGGACCAGUGUGAGAGCCACCUGCACUGGCACACCGUGGCCAAGGAGUCCUGUGGAGACCGCACCAUGAACCUCCACGACUACGGCAUGCUCUUGCCGUGUGGCAUCGACCGUUUCCGAGGAGUAGAGUUUGUGUGCUGUCCCGCUGAGGCCGAGCGUGACGCAGACAGCGCCGAGCAGGAUGCUGACGAUUCCGAUGUCUGGUGGGGCGGAGCGGAGACUGAUUACUCUGACAACAGUAUGGUGCGGGAGCCAGAGCCAGCGGAGCAGCAAGAGGAAACCAGGCCAUCUGUGGUAGCAGAGGACGAGGAAGAGGAGGAGGAAGUAGCCGAGGAAAACGACGAGGAAGAGGAGGAGGAAGAGGACGUGCUGGACAACGACCAGGACGGUGACGGAGAGGAGGACGAAGACGUGGUGGAGGAAGAGGAGGAUGAGGAGGAUGACGGAGACGACGACAUCAUUGACACGCUUGAUGACAGCGAUGACGAGCCCACCACCAACGUUGCCAUGACGACCACCACCACUACCACCACCACCGAGUCUGUGGAAGAGGUGGUCAGAGAUGUCUGCUGGGCCAAUGCAGAGACUGGUCCCUGCCGGGCCAUGCUGCCCCGCUGGUACUUUGACCACCAGGAAGGCCGCUGUGCUCAGUUUAUCUACGGCGGCUGCGGAGGCAACAGGAAUAACUUUGACUCAGAGGAGUACUGCCUGUCUGUCUGCAGCAGCGUCAUACCGACAGCCACGCCCAGCUCCCCCGACGCCGUGGACCACUACCUGGAGACGCCUGCUGACGAAAACGAGCACGCCCAUUUCCAGAAGGCUAAAGAGAGCCUGGAGGCCAAGCACCGUGAGAGGAUGUCCCAGGUGAUGAGAGAGUGGGAGGAGGCUGAGAGGGAAUCUAAGAACCUUCCACGUGCUGACAAGAAGGCCGUCAUCCAGCUUUUCCAGGAGAAGGUGGAGGCGCUGGAGCAGGAGGCGGCCAGCGAACGGCAGCAGCUGGUGGAGACCCACAUGGCCCGGGUGGAGGCUCUGCUCAACGACCGCCGCCGCCUCGCUCUGGAGAGCUACCUGACGGCGCUGCAGCAGGACCCGCCCAGGCCUCGCCACGUCUUCAGCCUGUUGAAGAAGUACGUGCGUGCCGAGCAGAAGGACAGGCAGCACACCCUCAAACACUUCGAACACGUCCGCAUGGUGGAUCCCAAGAAGGCUGCACAGAUCAGACCUCAGGUACUGACCCACCUGCGUGUCAUUGAGGAGCGUAUGAACCAGUCUCUGGGACUUCUCUACAAGGUGCCUGGUGUGGCUGACGACAUCCAGGACCAAGUUGAGCUUCUGCAGAGGGAGCAGGCGGAGAUGGCCCAGCAGCUGGCCAACCUGCAGACAGACGUGAGGGUGAGCUACGGCAACGACGCCCUGAUGCCCGACCAGGAGCUGGGAGACGGACAGACCGACCUGCUGCCCCAGGAGGACACUCUCGGCCUGGGGGGAGUCGGCUUCGUCCACCCUGAGAGCUUCAACCAGCCCAACACUGAGAACCAGGUUGAGCCAGUGGACUCUCGCCCCAACCUUGACAGAGGCAUUCCCACUCGGCCAGUGACUGGAAUGAAGAUGGAAGCUAUUCCUGAGCUGCGGAUGGAGACAGAGGACAGACAGAGCACCGAGUAUGAAGUUCACCACCAGAAACUGGUCUUCUUCGCGGAGGACGUGGGCUCCAACAAGGGCGCCAUCAUCGGCCUGAUGGUCGGAGGCGUAGUCAUAGCAACCGUGAUCGUCAUCACCUUGGUGAUGCUGAGGAAGAAGCAGUACACCUCCAUCCACCACGGAGUCAUCGAGGUGGACGCCGCCGUCACCCCCGAGGAGCGCCACCUGUCUAAGAUGCAGCAGAACGGUUACGAGAACCCGACCUACAAGUUCUUUGAGCAGAUGCAGAACUGAGAAGAAUGUCACAUGUUACACACACACGUUACACACACACACACACACAAACAUCUCCUCCCACCCAUCAAGCACCUCCCCUCCCCCUCCUCCCCUUCUUUUAUUUUUCGCCUAGUCCCACGUCUCCAAAAAGGCAGUGUGGCUGAGAUUACCGAGGGACUGAAAUAGUCAGUUACGAGAGCGACUGUAGCCGGGGUUUUCUUUCAUUUCUGCCUGGGCGGACUCUGCGGCCGAGCCAGUUUGCACCGUGUUUGUUCACUUUAUCGGAGCGAGACGCCUUUUAAUUAUAGAAAGCCGUUUUUAUAUGUUGCUCCGUCUGGGCCUGCUGAUGUAUGGAAAAAGGCCCCGCCCAGUGCAUCGAAACAAACCCACUCUUUGGGGAAAGACGCGCUUUCUCUCCACACUGACUCAGGGCCAGUGUAUAGUUGGGUUUUUUGGGCGGUUUUAGGUGUGGACUUGUGUAGGCAAAUCUGACCUCUGAUCAGCAGGAUUUUAGGCGCACGCUAACCUGGGCCUCAUUUAGAAAAAUGAGUUGCAGGAUCAUCAUCAUUCAAAUCAUUAUUCCACAUUUAUUUCAUCAUAUGCAUGAUUUUUCUAAAUGAAGCCCAGUGUUUCCCCACCAACUGCACCACUACUGCACUCUACAGUCUACACUGGAGUAUCCCCUCCUCCUCCUCCAUCCCUCCCUCCUUCCAUCCUUUUUUCUUUGCGCAUUCUUACGACAGCUGGGCUGUGUUAAGUCACACAAGGCUCUUAAGGAUAUUUGGAGAUGCUGACGAUAAUGAAUAUGUUGAUGACGACAGUAGUAAUUAUGUAUUCUGAAUGAGCUGUUUUUAUUUUUCUUUUCUCUUUUCGUUUCCAAAUUUUGUUUUUCAAAAAAGAAUGAAAACGGAGAAAAAAAAAAAGUCAACCGAUGUAAAGUCCUUUUUUUAAAUUGCGUGUAAUGUUAACUGAAGUAAUGCUGAAGUCUUAGCUGUUCCUAUGUAGUGCAUGACAACAAUGACAACCGGAUUUGGAAAAAGAAAAAAAAAAAAAGAAAAAAGAUCUUAACGCUGCUCUCUCUCUCGAGAUCCUUUCUCACGUAUAGAUUGUCAUUCUAGCAAGAUUGUACAUUUAGUAUCUUCUCGUGAUCACGUGACUUCAAACAAUGAAAAAUAUAUAUAAAUCUAGAUGAACGGGCUCUGCUUUGAUAUCAUGUAAAAUACACAUUUAAAAGAGAUCUGUGAUUUUUAAAUUUAAGUGUGUUCCUCAUUUCUUUUUCCUUUUUUUUUUUAAACCCAUGUUACGUUCCUGAAGCGACAGGAGGGGGGCCGGCUUCUUCUGUUUGUAUAUUAUUCUCAUUCACUGAAAUAUAUUGUGUUUAAAAUCCUUAGGGGAGCGAAAUCACCCCCUUUUUUUUAUUUUUGCUUUUUUGUUUGAUUCAUGUUUUUUUUUUUUUUUAAAGGGCGGGUGUGAAGGUUACAGGGAGCGGGAAGGGAAAAAUGGGAGGAAUCCGGCAUGGGGGAUGGGUUAAGAUUAUCUCUGCGUGUAUGUGUUUUGUCAUUUUCAGUCUGAUGUUUCGCCCGGUCGUAAGCAGACACCGUCAAUUUUUUGUUUUUUGUAAUCAUUUCACUGAUCGAACAAGUGGAGUGCUGAGAGGAAAGGAGGAGGAGGAGGAUGGAGGGCGAGGGAGAGAGGAAAUGACUUGCAGUUCCGGAUGGAUAGCCAGCCAGGCAGGCUGGCAGCCUGUAUAUAUAUAAUGGAUUUUCACUCCCCAGCACCUCCCUUCCCCUCCCUCCUUCGCCUCCCUUUCCCUUCAGGCAUGCUGCUCACCUCUCUGCCAUCAACGCACACUUGACUCCUCAGAGGCAGAGCACCGUCGCCUGGAUAUAGAUGACAGGUGUUCACCACUGAGAGAGCUGAGAGCGAGGCAGGCACAGGGACGUGAAAGCAGGGGUAAAAUAGUCUUAUUCAUCUCCAUACAGUCAUGUUUAAGGUUUGUACACACAAAGAAACACAGUGUGACCUCUCACUCGUGUAAUGGUGAGGAGGAUCUGGGAGGAAAUGGUGUUCUCAUGGAGGCUGCAGUGGGGUGGGUCCUUGGUUUUCAGAGUGUGCUCAUUAGAAGCCCAACAGAGGGCAGUAGAGUAGAAGAGGAAGCAGGAUUUUCUUUCAAUUCAUCUUUUUUUCUGUGGGUUAAAUAUUGGUUUUGUUUUCCACUGUGUAAUAUUGUGCAGGCCAUUUGCAUUGACUUGGAAAACGCUUUCUACACUGUAUUCCAUAAUAAAGUUUUGAAUGUACAUACA